AUUAGUGGUUAUCAUCAAAAUUCAACUGAAUAAAAUGGCUGACACAAUAAUAGUUGGACGAGUGGCUAACAGAGGUUGCACCCCGAAUUUAGACUCGGAAGGAGAAUUCCUGAAACCUUUAGUCAAAUUCCGAUGCAAGGGAGUGAACUGGGCAGCCAAUUUAACAGCAUUCGAAAGACUGAACGCCCAUCAAACGUUAGCCAGUUCGAGAAGAUUCGUGCAUUUCAGACCGUUUCCGGGCACCAUACCCAAAGAUGAAUUGGAUUUUAUACUGAGCGCCCAUUACGAUCACAGCACCGAAACAUUUUCGGACAAAGUCGAUUUGUAUAUACAACCGGAAUCGGUCAACACAACCGGCACAUGGAAGAGAUUGAGGAACACCUUUGAUAUCAGAGAAAGUAAACACAAGGUAUGUGGACCUGAAUAUGAGAAGGAAAAAUUGGCCGGCGGUGUGACGAUCAACAAAAUGAAGUUGCCAUACAGAUACAACUCGGCACAUCCGGUUAUGGUGGGUGGGUUGGCCAAGAAGAGCCAUCCGAGCAGCGUUAAAUUGCUCAUAUCGUCGCACCAUUCGCCACUAAGUAACGGUGGUUACUCUAGACAACCUCAGGACGGCACAUUCUUCCAAUAUUAAUUUUCUGCUUGACUAUUAAAUACAUUUUAACUAUCCUAAAUUAUUAAAAUAUUUUUUUAUAUUA